AUGGUUAAGGAGAAAUUGAAGGAUGGUGGUAGUAAUGAUCAGAGAGCUGACUGGAAAGACUCUAAGGAACUACAAACCUUUUGUCAAUUAUGUGCUGCUCAAGUCCUAGCCGGCCAGAGGAAAGGAGGAUUUCUGACCAAACUGGGGGUUGACAACGUGAUUGAACAGUUGGGUAACAUGGGAAAAGUGGUGACUCCACUUCAGAUUAAGAACAAAUGGGAUCAUUUGAAAAAAGGGUGGAGGGAUUAUAACCAGUGUUUUGACAAUGAGACUAGGUUGGAUUAUGACCCGGGAACUGGGAUGCUUGAGGCCCCUGAUGAGUGGUGGACUCGAAAGAUUGCGGUAUGUCCCCUUGCAAAAACCUUUAAAAAUAAAGGUUUGCCGAAUCGUGACUACCUAAACAUCAUGUAUGGAGACACGGUUGCAACAGGGAAAAAUGCGUUCUGCACGAGCGGUCAAUUACCAAAGGAAACCACCGAAGGUUCUGGGGACUCUGCUGAUAGCACAGAAUUUGUUGACCCCCAAUGUGAACCGUUUGUGAAUGUUGAUGCAAUGGAGGUUGAAGGUCCAUCAUUGUCGAGGGCAGAACCAGCAAGCAUCUCAAAUGUGAUUGUUGAGAGUAGAAGUGGAAGUACACGUAAGGAUAUUGCUUCCACAACAACUACUCAGGUUAAAGCCAUUUUGGACAUGGUGUUGAGUCUUCCAGGGGUGUACUGGGGGCAUUACCUUCAUCUGUUUAGCACCAUCUACUUCAUGGAAAAAGAGUGGGGUAGGCACAUGUUUCCUGCCCUUGGCGAUGACAAGGAUAUCCAACUGAAGUGGCUAGAAAAAGAGGCUGCAUUAGUCGCUGCAUCAGGUGCUGCAUCAGAGUGCAUCAGGUGCUGCAUCAGGGUGCAUCAGCUGCUGCAUCAGGGGGUGCAUCAGUGCUGCAUUAGUCGCUGCAUCAGGUGCUGCAUCAGAGUGCAUCAGGUGCUGCAUCAGGGUGCAUCAGCUGCUGCAUUAGUGUUGCAUUAG